UUGCACGGCUAUCAAUAUAGACACGCAAGUUCUGACAAAGCUCUCCAUAUUUUCGUGUGUUCUAUCAACUCAAAUUACUUCAGCAAAAGCAGAGGUCAAAAUGGCGAAGACGCCAAUAGAGAUUUUGCAAGGCAACCUUGACCAAUUUUUUUUGAUCAUCAUGGGCUGCCUUAUUUUUUUUAUGCAAACAGGAUUUGCUUUUCUUGAAGCUGGCUCAGUAAGGUCGAAGAACACAACAAACAUUCUGAUCAAGAAUUUCCUGGACGUGUUUAUUGGUGCAGUGGCCUAUUGGCUGUUUGGGUACGCAUUUGCGUUUGGAGUAGAAAGCAAUGGCUUCAUUGGACACAAGUUUUUUGCACUAGCAGAUUUACCAGCUGACAAAUACUCUCAUUGGUUUUUCCAUUUUGUUUUCGCUGCCACGGCAGCAACAAUUGUCAGUGGUGCCAUGGCAGAGAGGACAGAGUUCAAGGCUUACCUGUUAUACUCUGUGUUUCUCACUGGCUUUGUGUACCCAAUUGUCACUCACUGGGCUUGGGAUGAAAAUGGUUGGCUGUACAAGGGUGUGGAGUACACUAAGGACAACGUAACCAUGACUGUAGCAUACCAGGAUUUUGCUGGCAGUGGGGUCGUUCAUGUUCUUGGUGGUACUGUUGCCUUAGUCGGAGCAGCCAUUGUUGGACCAAGGCUCGGACGAUUUGUGAAUGGUGUCCCUGUGCUGCUUGCAGGCCAUACUGUACCGAAAGCGGCCCUUGGAGGAUUUAUCCUUUUUUUCGGCUUCCUGGCUUUCAAUGGUGGCUCACAGGCAGCCAUUGCUAGUCCAGGCGAUGCAGAUGCUGUAGCACUGUCCAUUGUCAACACAGUUCUUGGAGGAGCUUCAGGUGCGCUAACUGCCAUGAUCAUCAAACGUCUGGGAUUUGCAGAUAAAUACUGGAGUUUGCUUUUCACCAUUAAUGGUGGACUUACUGGAAUGGUGGCCUUGUGUGCAGGUUGCAAUGCCGUCCAUCCUUAUGCUGCUUUUAUCAUCGGCAUCAUUGCUGGAAUGGCCUACGUUGGAUGGAGCACUCUUAUGAUUCGUUUAAAGAUUGAUGAUCCACUAGAUGCUGUGGCUGUUCAUCUCGGUGGUGGUUUCUGGGGAGUGCUGUCUGUUCCCAUCUUCAACAAAGACAGUGGAAUAUUUUACGAUGGAAGCGGUCAUUCAUUCCGUUUGUUUGGCUGGAAUCUGCUGGGAGUGCUUGUCAUCAUGGCCUGGUCGGCAGCACUGAGUUUAAUCUUGUUCGUUGUGUUGCGCGUCACAAAGCAGCUUCGUGUCAGUGCGGAAAUCGAGGAGAAAGGUCUUGAUAUUCCCAAACACGGCGAGCCCGCGUACCCACUGGCCAGUUACGGAGACGGAUGGUCGGAGUCGCCAUCAGCACCGAGACAGACCUUGCCGUUUAGUCAUAGUAAUGGCGUCACCCCUGUCCAAAGUAACUAUCCUGAGAAAGGAGGUGGAAUCGAUAAUCCAAGUCUUGAGGUUAUUGAAGCUCCAAACAAGAACGAAACCACAGAGUUUUGAAUAUAACAGACCAGAUCGAAAGAAUGCUACUUGCCCACUUCAUGCCAAAUAUGGGAAAAUAAAUCUUUCGUGUGGCAUUCGCUAAAUCACAACACUUAUUAUAGUUUCAUAUUGCUCAAUGAAUGAUAUUAACCGCAAUUGUUGGCAGCAAUACUCGACACAAAAAAAAAACAAAAUAACUUCAAUUUACCUGAGAAAAAUGUAGGCUUGUCCAUAGGUGACCCGAAAUUGCUCAGACGGUAAACAUCAAUAGCAACGAGGAAAGGAAAACAGCCUAGUUAAGAUCUUAUCUUCUAUAUUUAUUUAGUUUUUAUCGUGCAUGGUGACAGACUAUAUAUCGUACUUUGUAACCCUUGAUAGUUAUUAGAGCAUGUGUCAAUUCAAAAGUAUUUUAAAUUCAAGAUGGGGAUCAAAAUAGUCGUCAAACUUGUUUUUCAUGUGAGAGACUGGACUCCAUCAGAUUAUAGCGAGUGGGGACUGAAGCCACAGUCUAUCCACUAGAGUCCAAUCCCCACUUACCUUCCAAGGGCCACAAUAUUUGUAGACACUGGUGUAGGUUAUAAAAACUAAUUAAGAAAUCAUCGCUUUUCACGCUUUAAAAUGCACGGCUCACUCGCUAAGAACUGAUAUGUCUAGAUAUUAUAACGUAUAUUGUGUUAAUUAAAACAUUAGCUACAUCAUUUCCUCACAGUCAUACAGCAUGUAAAUGUGCACAGCCAACUACAUUCAUGUAGUCUGGGAGUAAAGGAAUAAAAAAAAAAUCUUUGUUAUG